AUGGCGCUCUACGACACCGCCAACAACUUCUUCCUGUCCGACGAGGAGCUGGACAACAGCCCCUCCCGGCAGGCUGGCAUCGACGCCGAGACCGAGUACCGCGCUCGCCUGCAGGCCUGCCACCUGGCCGUCCGCGGCCUCCUGUUCCUGCGGUGCUCCCAGUCCGUGCAGUGCACGGCGCAGGUCUUCAUCCAGCGGUUCUACUGCAAGACCAGCGUUGCCGCGCAUCAAAUCAAGUAUGUGGCCAUGGGCGCCAGCUGGCUGGCUUGCAAAAUUGAGGAAGCUGGUAUCAGGAUACGGGACCUUCUGCUAGUCUUCCACAGGGCCAUCGCUGAAUGGGAAGGGAGCAAGAUGACACUGCUCGAUUUGGGAGGCCCGGAUGCUUGGAAGGAUUCGGGUCCGCAGAGUUGUUGCUCCAUUGCCAACAACCUGUUCGCUGCAUGCCUCAAGCUGCCCCUACACACCACUAUUGGAUGUCUUGUCCGCCUUGUCACAACCAGGCAGAGUGUCCACCAUUGA